UUCUCGCUCUUUAUUGUCGUCAAAUGCUAGAGAAGUAUUUCUCCUCUCUGACUGAGGCAAAUCAAAACGUUGGCCUUGGCGUUCUGACUCUCAGCAAGUUUGAGUUCGAAGUUGAGGUGUUGGAGUUUGAAGUUCGAAGUCGAAGUUGAUGGUGGACUUGCGGUGGUUUUUUCCUUGAGGUUUAAAACAUGACGUAAAGGGGCGAUAAGGCUUUUGUUUCACUCGUGAGUCAUAAGAAAUGACGAAAAAGAUGGAUUGAGACAAAGGUCGGGGACAUCGGUGGUGGUGCUCGAGACUGGUGUAGGCAGAGGCACAUUACAAUGAUAUGUUGUGUUGUUUGGUUCUCGCGGCAACUCCUAUGAUGGUGACAGUGUUUCCAACAACGUCUCUUGUUGUCAUGGGGCGUGUGGCGGCGGAACCUACUACUAGAUUCAUGGUAACUCACAGACAUGAAGGUGAAAGGGAAACCCUAAUUGACUUUGUGUGGAAGAAAAGGAUAAGGUUGGGUCUGGUCAAGUUUUUACUUGUCACACCCGUCAUUUAAUGUUUGCACCAGUUUUCAUUAUAUGUUCAGUUGUUUAAAUUUUUUCUACACCUCUAUUUAUAUUUUUGUCUCUCGUUGUCGUGGGGAGUGUGGAAGCGGAACCUACUGCUAGAUUCAUGGUAACUCACAGCCAUGAAGGUGAAAGGGAAACCCUAAUUGAUUUUGUGUGGGAGAAGAGGAUAAGGUUAGGUCUGGUCAAACUUUUACUUGUCACACCCAUCAUUUAAUGUUUGUACCAGUUUUCAUUAUAUGUUCAGUUGUUUAAGUUUUUUCUACACCUCUAUUUAUUUUUUUAUUUGUAAUUUAAUUUGGAUCUAAUAAAAAUUUAUUUAAAAAAUUACACCUCAUUAUAAGAGAGGGAUACAGUUUUUUCAUGCCAUUCGGUAGCAAGUAGACACUAUUCUCAUGCCAUUCGGUAGCAAGUAGACACUGUUCGUAAUCAACCCGGUAUCAUUCCUCCUCGUAUCCACUUUCUUAAGCUCUAGUCAUCUCCACAGCCAGAGUCGCCGAUUUGGGAAUUUCUGCUACUGUACUAGUCCGGCGAGAUCCGAAAUUCCACUCCUCUGUUUGCCGCUGCCAAAGCCGUUUUCUCAAACCAAUUUAUCUGUGCAGAAAUCACUUUGCUGCGUGCUAUUCACCCUUUAUUCCUUUACUGGAAUGGUAUAUCUAGCUUUUAAGUAACCCAAAAAGCUUCAGGUUGUUCCGAAAUAAAAUUGACCCAACAACAGUUAGAGAAUGCAAACUAUGCGGCUGAGGCUUUCCAAUUCCGACACCAGAUCUCUUAUCAGGCUCUCAUCUUAUUUGUAUUCUUAUUUUCGUACACCAUUGGAUUUUAUCUCACUAUCGACAUCGUCUCGUGCUUCCUCCACCGCAACCAACUUGUUCACAUCUCCGUGGUCUUCCUCUCAACGUCGGGGAAUCAAAGUAUCUGGUUCUGAUAUUAGAGUGGGAAAUAUCAUUGGAAAACAAGGGCGCAUUUACGAGGUUCUUAAAGUCGAUCACUCUCAUGAAGGAAGAGGAAAAGCCACAAUCAAGGUGGAGCUUCGUGACAUUGGCCAGGGAAACAAGAUCACACAAAGAAUGGGUACUGAUGACGAUAUUGAAAGGGUCUACGUUCAGGAAAAGACUUUCAUGUUUAUGUGCAUGGAUCAUGAUGGAACUGUAGUUUUGAUGGACCCUGACUCACUGGAUCAAAUGGAAGUUUCAAAGGACUUGUUCAACAAGGACUGUUUGUAUCUACGAGAUGAAAUGAAAGUUAGGGUACAAUUUUAUGAUGACAAACCUUUAUCUGCAUCCGUUCCAAAACGUGUCACAUGCAUUGUCAAGGAAGUCAUUUCAGCCACUACAAGGAAUAAAAAGGUCGUACUGGACAAUGGCCUUGCAGUUGAAGUACCGCCUCACAUUGUAGCUGGUGAUGCCAUAGUUGUUAAUACGGAGGAUGACUCCUACAUAGAAAGGGCCAAAUCAUAGUGCGACUUCAGCCAGGAUUUGAAAAGAUAUCCAAUAUUGUCAUGGCUUCUGAAGCAGAAUGGCCUUUUAUUCAGCCUCCUAGCCCUACCUUCCCCUCUUUCACUUCAUAAUAGCUUCUUUUUUUUUCUGCAUCUCCUAGCAACUGAGUUUGAAUGUUUGUGUUUGCAGGACUAUUGCUUUAGUUUGUGCAUAACGAAAGCAAGACAACAUAAUUUUGAUUGUUGAAAUUUUAGAUGAUAAAAACUCAUUUGGACGGUUUGUAUUUAUAUUUAAGUAGCAGGAAUUUCUUUCUCCAGCCCCAUAAGUUUCAAAUUGCUUACUUUACCCUUUAUAAAUUGUAUUAUCUGGAAACUUAAUGAAAUGUGCAAUUCGGAAA